GGGCAUGUGCACCCCAAACCGGACUCAGGCAUCAUAGCCGGAUCCUGAACCAACCAAGUCCGAGUUUGCCUUUGACCCAUGAAUAAAACCCACUUAUUCGAAAUCGGCCUCCCAUUAUGCCGUAGACAGAUGGGCCUGGAUUAUCGCUGGUGCAUUCCUCUUUCCGGCUCGUAAAGGCCCAUUCCUUGUAAGAAGUGUCAAUUGUGUGCGCAGUCAAUUGUGUCCGCCGGACGGCAACGCUGGACAGUCUCGAGCACUCCUUUGUAAAUGAAGACUGGAUCUAAAAUGGUGUAGAGCACUGAAGAUUUGUUGGAGGCUUGGAGUCUGCGGAUAACUGAUUUCCCCCUUAUUUUCAGAUAACCGUCUACGGGCCUGUAAUGGCAGUUGUGGACACAUCUCCUUCUUUGGAGAUUUUAGUUAGAGGACCAGAUGGUUUCACUGUUUGGACCGGUCCUCCUUACAGCAAUGGUCAACCCGGCAUCAAGCUCGAAAGAAUCCCUUGCAGUAAUGCAAAGUUUAGUGAAGAUGGAUGCAAACUAAUGGUCAUGAAAUCUGACUCUGUAAUUAGCAUAUAUGAUUGCAAAAGCUCCAAAGAGCUAAGGUCCUUUGAAGUCCCCAACAUUCUUGGAGCCACUCUGUCCCCAAGUGGAACUUACCUUCAAACUUUCCAGAAAGCCUCAUCGCCACAGGAAAAGAAUGUGAUCUUAUGGAAGACGGAGACUGGAGAAUCCGUUUAUCAUCUGUUCCAGAAGAACAUGACGAAAACCACAUGGCCCUCAAUACGAUUUAGCUCUGAUGAAGCUGUUGCAUGUCGCAUGGCAACCAAUGAGAUACAAUUUUUUGACACGGGGGAUUUUUCUAAAGGAAUUGUGAAUCGGCUCAGGAUUCCUGGAGUUGCUGCUGUGGAGCUUUCGAAGAGUCCUGGAACCCAUGUGGCGGUGUUUGUUCCAGAAUCUAAGGGGAUCCCUGCCAGUGUCCAGAUAUUUGUUUGUGGAAAGGAUUCACAGAGUCAACCUGUUGCCCGAAGGAGUUUCUUCCGAUGUUCAACAGUGCAGCUGAAUUGGAACUCUGGUUCUACGGGGCUCCUAGUCGUAGUGCAAUCAGAUGUUGAUAAAACCAACCAGAGUUACUAUGGAGAAUCAAAGUUGAACUAUUUGACAACAGAUGGGACUCAUGAAGGAGUUGUACCACUAAGUAAAGAAGGGCCUGUCCAUGAUGUGCAAUGGUCAUGUUCUGGUUCAGAAUUUGCCGCUGUUUAUGGAUUUAUGCCUGCCAAGGCAACAGUGUUUGACAAGAAGUGUAAUCCUCUUCUUGAGCUCGGAACAGGCCCUUACAAUACAGUCAGAUGGAAUCCAAAAGGGAAGUUUCUAUGCUUGGCUGGCUUUGGAAACUUACCUGGUGAUAUGGCUUUUUGGGACUAUAUGGAGAAAAGGCAGCUUGGGACUACUAAGGCUGAAUGGUCAGUAACAAGUGAAUGGUCUCCCGAUGGUUGCUAUUUCAUGACUGCCACAACAGCUCCAAGACUACAAGUUGACAAUGGGAUUAAGAUUUUUCACCACAAUGGAUCAUUGUACUUCAAGCAGAUGUUUGACAAACUGUAUCAGGCUGAAUGGAAACCAGAAUCUCCAUAUAGCUUUGGCAAUAUUGCAGAACUUGUCAAGUCUGUUGAUUCUUUGAAGAUUGAAGAAAACAAAAAACAAGGACAAGGGUCAAAAUCCUCCAACCCCUCGGCAAAAUCUACCUCGGCUAACACUCCACAGAAACCUGCUGCAUACCGUCCACCUCAUGCUAAGACUGCAGAGGCCAUUCAGGCUGAGUUAUUUGGACGAGGCCCUACACAAGAAAUGAGCAAGAAUGCGUUGAAGAAUAUGAAAAAAAGGGAGAAACAAAAAGAGAAAAAAGCUGCUGAAGCUACCAGUGGUUCAUGAUUGAAGGAUUUCAAUUAAGCAUCGGUCUGUGACAUUACAUAGAGUUGAGUUCACCCCCUAGCAUUGCUUUCUUGAUGUGAUUGGGUUUUGAUUUUCUGACAACUGCCCCCUAGAUGUAAUGUUUCGUCCUAACGAUAAACUUUUCCAUGGCGAUGACAUUAAAUAUAGGAAUUUUGUAUGGAGAGUGAUUUUGUCCCUCUCCAAAUUGUUUAUGGCA